CGCAGACCUGAUUGGUUUCCAGCCAUGGAAGGGAUGAACCCAGAAAUCCAGGGCCAGGGCCAAGUGCCUCUCUGCGAUUUGGGCUUCGGACCCUUGUCAUGUUUCGUGACCAUGAAGCCUUUCUCUUGCGACUACCUGGCACCCAUCAAGACCCGUAUCCCACGCGAUGACGCGGUGCAAAAUGCCGGGACGAACAGUUCGGUGGAGGUCUCGGAGGUCAUUGAAACAAACGACAAUCAGUUGCCAAAAGCUGCUACGUCCAGCAAGCUGGAGACCAAGGUGUCGGGGUUGAAGAAACGGACCUUUCCAUCUCCCAAAGGUAAGAAGUUUCUGGAUGACGCGACCUCACUGCAAAGUUUCAGCAGUGGAGGGAGCAGCCCAAGCUGGUCACGAAAAUGGAAUUCACCAAAGGCGAUGCCUGCAAGAACUUUGGCGGGAUACAAACCAGAUGCCAGCAGAGAAUGGGCCUCAGGGCCUUUGGGGCCUUUGGAGGAGAGGACCAGCAAGGUGUCCAAACAAUCCGACGAAGAAGAUCGGCAACGCUUGCUGGAUGCCUGGUCUUCAGGUCGACUCAUCGAGGCCAAGCGACUGGUUCAGAAAUCGCAGAACAUGAAGCGACGCUUCCAUGAGAUCUUGGAUGAGAACGAUCUGGAAGUCAUCCAUCGGGUUGAUGCCAGCUUCAGCCAUUCACUGGAUGAGUUGGAGCAAAAGGCCGGAACUGGCUGGAUGAAGGACCGAGACGAGGCACAAGAUCUGGAUAUGGCCUUCAGGCUCUCCAAGGACCUGCUACAAGCUGUGGCCAGCACCGUCUGCAUGGGCUGCGACAUCGUUCAAGCCCUCGAUGGCUUGUUGGAAUAUGUCCAGCAACAUGAGCACAAUGAUGAUCUUGAAGUUCAACAGCUCAACAACGAGCUGGAGCAAGACUCGCUUCUUCGCGUCUUCAGAUCCGGGCACGGCCGAACUGAGGAUAACAUCCUUCACUGCAGCUGGCUGGACGCCUUGGACGAACCUUUGGGUGCUCUCUGGCUCUCGAGCUACACCUACAAACAUCGCAAUCCAAAGUUCCGGGGCGUCCGGUUGCCUCCACCCAAGUCAGGUUCCGUCCGCCUCUCCUUUUGGCGGAGCUCCUUUGCCAUCGCUCCCCACAAAGAUUUGAAGCGUGGACAGAAGGCGGUGCGGAUCACUUAUGCGCUGGCUCGGAGACCUUCCUCAGCUGCUUGCAUUUUUCCCAGCAUCAUGCAUCGAGAGGUGGGAAAGAUGCUUACGAGUUUCAAAGAAUUCUUGCGGGAUCGAGCAGUCCAAAAGGAACACGUUUCCAGUUCGUCAAUCUACGACUGCAUUCGCAGGCAUGCAGCAGAGCGUGCUGCAAACCCACAGCGAGAAGUUCAGGAGGUAUCUUUUCAGGAGCUGGCAUCUUUGCUGCCUGAAGAUUGGGCAGAUUACCAUGAUCCCGCUCAUGUCAAUGACUACAACAACCUGAAGGACUUUGAAUAGUUCGAUUGUUUUCGCUUCAGCUCCGGUGUACAAAACAGCAUAGAAUAACUCCAAAAACUGGAGUGUCGAUUGCGGACAUUUGGAGCAAAACA